AUGGCUUCUCCACUUCACCUCAGUCUUCCUCGUUAUAAACUUGUACUACGUGUAUAUAGUGCGAAAGAUAUACAACAUUCAUCGUCACAAGGUGCUUACUGUAAACUUUAUCUUGGAUCCUCAAUUAUGAUUGAAGGAAGUCGAACUUGUAAGACUUCGUUGGAUGUCUCAAGUGUUGAUCAAGAUGAGAAAACUUGGCAUUUUCAAGUGCGACGUACAUGUACACAACAUCAACAGUCAAUUGACUUUGAAACGAUUUGGGAUGAAACAUUUGAGGUUUUGAUUCACCCAAAUAUGGAUUUAAAGACCCAGAUCUUGAGUUUUCGUGUGAAAAGUCAGCAUUUAUUAUAUUGUCCUGUUAUUGGUACAUGUGCAGUCUCAUUGAAGAAUUUCGUGCCUGGAAAAUGGUUACAGCAAUGGUAUCCAUUACAAAAAGGAAAGAAAUCUGCAGGUCGACUUCGAGUUAUGCUUUUGGUUACGGAAAUUGAUCGAAAAAUUGACAAGUUGGUAGCAAGAAGGAGACAGCCAAAUGAAGAUGUUGUUGCAGCAAGAAAUGCACUUUAUGAAGCUGAUAAAGCGAUUGAACGACUUCUUGAAAAGCAUUUACAACUAGAAAACGAACGACAAGAACGUCGACGUGCGAAACUAUCGUGUGGACCACUUGAGUUACAAAAAGACAGUUUUACGAUUGAUCGAAAUGUAGAAGAUAGUGUAACCCCGUUACAACCAUCUUUUGAAAUUCUUGAGACUUUCGAAACUCAACCGUUACAUGUUGAACAAUUGCCAACGCAUCUGGUGAAAUAUGAACAACAAUUGGACAAGAAGUUACGACAAGUGCAAAAAGAGACAGUAAGACUUUACGAAUUUCAACUGCAAUUGAAACAGUAUCUUCCAGAUUUCAAGAUUGACAAUGAGACAGUGGAAUCAAAAGAAGAUUUGGAAACGUUACCAUUUGAAACGUUUGAUUCAUCUGCUUUGUCGAAUUUAGAGCAUUUUCAUUGUCGUGCACGCUCAAACGAAAUUUAUUUCUUGAAUUGUAAGCAAGAAAAGCAAUCGAAGGGAAUGGAGAAUUCUUCUGUUAGAGAGAAGUUGACUGAUUGUCAAUCUGAGAAGCAUGUUACUGCUGUCGUUGCUUAA